GAUUAGAUACUUGAAGUCCUUCCAUAGUGGAAAAUAGGGACUGCGAAUCAGGAAUGAGCAUCAGUUCUGUUUUGAACGACUCAUUUGCUUCCAUAUUGAAUUAAAGCGAAUUUAUUUUGGUAUUGGUAUAAGUAAAACGCUUCCAAUAACAUAUGUGACAUACCUCGUAAUUCUUAGAGAGUUUAGAAUGAAAACAAAUUCAAAAGUGAAUAAAUAGAAGGGGAUAUUUCCUCUUCCUCCAUUCUAUUGAAAAGUAAUUGUUAAUAACGAACAGAUGGUCGGUUGCAAUUUUUAUAUCUGGUUCAAACCAUGACGUGUUGAGUACACCCUUCACUAGGGGAUUUGCUCCAACUGCAUAUAAAUAAGAGUUAAAAAGUGAACGGAGAUGGUGUUGAAUUCCGAUUUCUCCCUUGAAUUGAAAUGAAGAUGCUCGUUAUAACUGGAGUCAUCAUUGUCACCUUAUUAUUUUCAGGUUCCCAACUCGAAGCUAUACCCAGCAUUAGUAUUGAUGAUGUCGGAUUUUAUCUUUUCACCCCGAAAAAUCCAACUGAGGGACAGAAGCUUAAAAUUAAUGACACAGAUCUUCUAGACGAUUCCAAUUUCAAUUUCAACUGGCCAAUAAGAAUUAUCAUUCAUGGUUACGAAUCCAGCAAGGACUCCUAUAUCAACAUCGCAAUUCGAAAUGAAUACUUCAAAAAGGGAAAUUUCAAUGUAAUCUCUGUGGAUUGGUCAUAUUAUUCACACACUUUAUACCCCAUUGCGAUGGAUCAAGUCACGCCCGUAGGAACUUUCGUUGGAGAGUUGACAAAAUUCCUGAAUCGUCAAGGUGCAUCCUAUGACAAGAUGUACUUAAUCGGACACAGCCUGGGAGCACACAUUGCUGGAGUGGCAGGGAACCAUAUAUCUCCUGAAUUAUACAACACAAUUUUCGCUUUAGAUCCUGCUCGGCCAGGUUUCGAAGGAAUGGCUUUAGAACGAAAAAUAGACCGGAAUGAUGCCUGGUACGUUGAGUCGAUCCAAACGAAUACGUUUUUAUUUGGCGUUGGAAUGGUGGAGCCUGUUGGAGAUGCAGCGUUUUAUCCGAAUCAUUUGGAUCCCAUUCAGCCAGGAUGUGAUGAAAUUAGUUGCUCGCAUACUAGAUCCAUUGACUAUUUCGUGGAAUCGAUUAAUUCCGAUGUUGGAUUUUUGGCCAAAGCCUGUAGCGCUUGUUCUGAAUAUGUCCGAAUGGGUGGUGAACCAUCGACUCCAAAAGAAGGUAUUUUUGACCUUUCGACUAAUGCAGAGCCGCCGUUUGCAAGGGGAAAAUAUGGUGCUUGACCCCAUUAUUUUACUUUUGAAAUGAAUCUUUUGAAAAUAAAUAAAUUUUUGUAGAAAUAGGUGUAACUAC